ACACUGCCCAUUCCUAAAUACAUACGUAUAUUAUAGAAAGAAUGGUUGAGGGGAAGGAAGUGAUGAAUCUUGAACUUCAAGUCUCAGCUCCUAAAGCAGUUGAGGAAGAAGAUGAGAAGGAUGAAGAUGAGAAAAAUGAGAAUGACACUCUUCAAGGAGAUCCUGAGGCUUGUGAAGAUCAGAUUAUAUCUCUAAUAGGAGAGACUGGAAGAUGGCAGCUAGAGAGAAUAGGAAUUGUAUUUCUGGUUUCUAUCCCAGGGUUAGCGCAUAUAUUCAUGUCCCCAUUUGCGAUGCCUAAAACAGAUUUCUGGUGUGUGGAAACUGAGAGUUCUGGUGUACAUGUUCAUCAGGAUAAUCUAACUAAGAAUGAGUGUUUGGACUCCUGUACAUCUUUUGAGUAUGAUUUGAGUUUCUGGGAGGAAACUAUAAUAUCAGAUUAUAACCUGGUUUGUGAGGCUAGUCCCUUGUCAACCAUGGCCAAAAUGAUGUUUUUCGGAGGCUUUGGAAUUGGCACAUUUGUCGCCGGUAUGGUUUCAGAUACUUUUGGGAGACAGAAAGCUAUUUGUGGGUUUACGGCACUACUCCUUGUUAGUGGAGUUGCGUGUAGUUUUAUGCCAUCAUAUACUACAUUUGUGGGACUCUGGAUAGUUGUUGGUAUUGCUGCUAUAGCAAACUUUACAGUAGCAUUUGUUUGGGUCAUGGAGCUAGCAUCAGGAAAAUGGAAGAUCCUACUGGGAAUGGGAAUGCAGUUUACCUGGCCCAUCAGUAGAAUAUUUAUCCUAGUCUGCGCAUGGACAUUGAGAAACUGGCGCAGAAUGAUGCAGGCUGUAUCUGCUCCUCUGUGUCUAGCUCCUGUUCUCCUAUAUUUCCUUCCUGAAAGUCCAAGAUGGUUGGUUGCUAAGGGUAGAAUAUCAGAAGCUAAAGUUCUCAUAGCUGAUGCUAUAAAGACGAAUAAAAGAAAAGCUGAUCCAGAAAUGAUUUCAUUGAAACGACCCCAGCAACAGAGAAGGAAUGGAACUGUUGUGGAUAUCCUAAGGUUUCCUGUACUCCGACAGAAGACCCUGAUCAUGUAUUUCAACUGGUUCGCUAGCUCCUUUAUGAUGUACGGUCUCUCUCUCAACUGGCAGAAUUUGACAGGUGAUCUAUUCCUGACUUUCCUGAUAGCGAGUUGCCUGGAUUUUCCUGCAAAAGCAUUCUCAGUGAUUUCUCUCCUGUUUUAUGGAAGGAAACUUCCAUAUAUUGGACUUACAUUCAUCGCAGGUAUUCUGUUUGUAAUUAUUCUGGUAGUUCCUAAAGCUGGGAAUGAUACUAUAAUUCUAGUUCUAUCUCUAAUUGCCAGUUUCUGUGUCUCCUCUUCCUUCGGUAUGCUCUGGAUGUGGAUGAGUGAGUUGAUGCCGACUACUGUACGCAAUGCUGGUGUAGGAUCUGCAUCUAUGAUCGCUAGAGUUGGAGGGGUACUAGCUACUACAGUGGGUAAACUAGCUGAUGUAUCACCAAGUAUUCCUAUAAGCAUGUUUGCAUUUUCUGCUUUGCUAUCUGCGUCUUUAUCCAUUCUUCUUCCAGAAACACAGGGUAAACCUCUACCCGACACACCAGAAGAGAGUGAGAAGGACAAACUUCUCGGGAUAAAGGAUGGAUUUAGGACAAUGUUCUCACAUGUUAGAACAAGGAGAGCAGAGUAAACUCAGAUUCAGCCUCUCUCACACAACUAAGAUACAAUUAUAUCACAUUUGGAACAGAUUAAAUCUUGAAGAAAUAUAUUUAACUAUUUAAUAUUUUGAUUCUUCCUAGUUGAGUUUUUCAAUUUCUUUUUGUAAGUGCAUUAAAAAAUAUACCAAUAAAGAUACGAUUCCAUCAGUUAGUCAUGGUUUGCACAAAAUGUUGCUCUAGGUAACAAUUCUGUAAUAGCUGUUAAACAUUCAAAUAAGAAAAACUGCAACAAAAAGGUUAAAAUUUGAAAAGAAAUACUUUCUGGACAAAAAA